GAACGAUCUCAUGUUAUUUUAUGGUUUAGCCUCUAUCAUAAACGCACCAGAUGUCUAGUUAUAAGGAACUCCGUAACCCCUUUUUCCGAAAUUGGGUAAAUGCUAGUUAUGCUUUGAGGUAUCUCCAAUACGGAUUGAGAGAAUUUAUUGACGAUACUGCAAAAAAGCACCACAACAGCCUUUUAGACAAGUUAUCAAAAGGGCAAGUAGUAGCGAACACGGGUUGUAACAUUUGCUCGUCUACCAACCUCCUUCCUGAACAUCCCAAACGUGGUUGCAUUCAACGCUAUCCGAAAAAAUGCUUGUGUAAAGACUCGCAUGGCAGGCGAAAGUGUCCAAACCAAUCUUGUAGUCUGUUGUAUGACCUAAUCAUUCUUGAUCACGAAGAAAGAAAUCCUAUUUGGGAGAACUCCGAUCUCCAAAGUUGGUGCAGUGACUACUUCGAAGUUGCGAAAUUAUAUUUAGGAAUGCAGGGACAUAUUGAUGUACAUAAUUGUUGUGAAAUAGAUGCACCCGGCCUUCUAACUAUAGCCAUAAACAACAUCUUCUUUAAUGACUACAUUGAAGAUAUUGCCAAGUUUAAAAAGGCACGCGACGUAAGAAAUGAGCUGUUACAUUCUAGCAGAUUAGAAAUAUCAAAAGAGAAACUGGAUGAAUACCUUGACGCCAUGAUUGAUGUACUUACAGAUGAUCGUUCACUCGUAAUGUAUGAAGCCGCAAAGAAAGCUGUAGAAAAUAUUGAAAAGGUCAGAAGUAAUCAAAUAAGUAUAACUGAGGUAGAUGCAGAAGAAAUGAUACAUUCAGCAGUAAAAGCAAUAGAAGAAAAGCGGCAAGAGGCAACUCAAGAAUUAACAAAAGAAUGUAACUCACUCGAAUGGAAGAUGCAAUCAAACAUUGCGCUUAAAACUGAAUCUUCAUGUAAACAUCUUCAAAGAAAAACCGACGAGUUGGGAAAGAAAUUAGUUAAAGACAUGGAAGAACAAACGAAGCAUUCAAAACAUAGGCAUGCCAUGAUGCUGUCUGAAGUUGAAGAAAAAAUGACUGAUUUUGUAAAUAAACAACAACAUCUGCAACAAAAUGGUGAAUUUGGCAAUCAAAAGAUUAAAGCUUGUGAUUCAACUGGACAAACGGAAGCUACUUUGACAGAGGUCCAGCAACAUCUUAUCAAUUACUAUCGGUCUUACUACCUUACAACAGACGUAUCCCCUCUUCUUCCCGACGAGAAUGUUCAUGUAGAUGACGUAUACGUCCCGUUAAUAUUCAGAGUUACUAGAAAAGGAAGGACCAAAACUGAAAAUGUUAUCCUAGCUUCAUUAACUGAUGUAUUCACGGAAAAUGACGAGCGGCUUGAUAAUAUCUAUCUAAGUGGCGAGGCUGGCAUUGGAAAAACAACGCUUUGCAGAAAGUUAAUAUCAUAUUGGUGCGCUGCUCACAGUUUAAACAAUCAGAUGACCAACAUUUCUCAAGAUGAUGAAAAGGCUGUAGAAAAAAUGAAAAACUUUGAAUUUCUUCUGUUCAUUUCACUUCCGGAUUUAAACAAAGAAACAUCUAUUGAAGAGAUGGUAGAAAACCAGCUUUUGUCAGGAUUUCAGCACAGUCAGUUAAUAAGAAGAACUCUUCAAAGCAAACCAAAGACUUGCUUAUUUGUACUCGAUGGGCUUGACGAAUGGGAGCCAAAAGGUCUUAGCACGCAUCCGGCUAUUCCAGAAGGUUUACCAAUUUAUAAGAACUGUUACACGAAGCUAUUUACAUCAAAGCCAUGGAAAAUUGAAAGCAUACGCCCAAAACUUACUGAAAAUGACUUAGAACUUGAAAUCGAAGGAAUAAGCAUAAUUAACUCAAAACGUCUUGUGAAUGCCUUGCUGAUAUAUUUUGAAGUCCGGAACACUGCUGAAGAAUCUGAAAAGUUUUUAGCUGAAGUUCAGGAAAAGAAGAUACAACAUCUUCUGCCAAUACCAUUGAUGCUUAAACUUCUUCUAUGCCUUUGGUUAGAAAACAAAUCACUUGAAACAUCGACAACCAGUAUUUACUGCGCAAUUCUUGAUCUUUUACUUUCUACAGCAAUGAAGAAAAAUCGCUAUGAUGAAGGAUUUCAGGAAUUGCUUGAUAAUCUACAGGAACAGCAAUUACCAGCUGUUUUUCGAAACAAAUCUUCUUGUAAGAAAUUCUCAUCUGUCAUAAUCAGCUUAGCCAAGCUUGCGUUUCAAACAUUAUUUGCAGCGGAUAGGGGAAAAUCUUUAGUAUUCAAAGACUCGGAUCUUUCGUCAUAUGGAUUAUCACAAAAUAAUAUCCGGCUUUGUUUGACACUCGGCUUACUGUCUCAGAAGAAAAUUCUCGGAAUUUCAAAUAUACUAACAGUAAAACAGGUUUCAUUUCUGCACAAGUCUCUACAAGAAUUGUUUGCCGCUAUUUAUAUCUCAAUGCAGUUUUCAGCUGAAACAGAGACUCAUAUAUAUCGUGCUUGUUCAACAGUUGAGAACGUGUUUGAAUUUUCAAACGUGUUUCUUUUUUUGAGCGGGAUUAAGCCAAUGAUCAUGUACCAUAUAUCUGGGCAUAUUUGUAAUUUAGCUGAUAGUGACACAGUUAUUGGCCAGUUUCGUGACAGAAAAACAACUGGACAUAUAGUAGGGUUAUUAAAAGCAUGUCGACUUCAAGCAACUAUAUCUUCUUGUUUGCAAGAAAGUAAAAACAGUAAUUAUGAUGACGCAAAAAUACGAUUAAGGGAUAUUGUGUUUGAUGGAGCUUUUCCGUUUGUGUUCAAGAAUAAGAAUGCAGCUUCCGUAUCAAUUUUUGACACAAUUUUUAACAUUACACCUUGUAGCAUUACGACUCUUGCUUUAAGGAAUCGUGUUUUGCCAGGACCGGUCUGGCAAUAUCUGAAAAGUUUAGAUUCACUUCAUACAGUAAUAUGUGAUAUGAACAGUGUCCCACGAGAUUGUUUAGUUACCAUUGUCAAUAAAUCAAGGUACACGAUAAAACAUAUACACUUAGAUGGGUACAAUCACGAUUCUGGAUAUAGAAAAGUAUGUUUUCUUCAAAGGGAUCAUAUAUCCGAGCAUGGAAUAACAAGUGAUCUGAUUGGCGAGCUCUUAAAAAAAGUAGUGUGUAUACAAAUUAAAGACUUUAUGCAAACUGUUCUCUGGAACGAUAUACUCGAAAACGCCGAUACAAGUAAUUGAUAGUAAAAGGAAAAGAACAAAAAACAACAAAAAACCAUCUUUUCAUUUGAACCUGUGAUCUAUAAGAUAAGGUAAAAUAUCAACAUAUGUUUUUAUGUGUUUCAGUGUCUUUGCUUGCUUUAACGAUUGCUGAGUUUGAAAGUGAUUUAAAGCCCCAUUUUCUAAAACUCCAUUGGGAUAUAUGUUACAUUGGUUAGUUUCAUUUACAGUGAAAUAAAGUUUGGUUCCCAAAAUUUGACUUGGAAACUAAGACAUUUGCAUCUGAACAUUGACCUACAAAUAACAGAGUGACAAUCAGUUUAUAAAUAGCUUUAAAUAGCUUUUAUAGUAAAAUCUAAAACUGUUAUAACUUUAUUUAUUUGACAUUUAGCAAAAAUGCAUGAAAAGUAUGAUCCCGUUGUUAAAGUUCUCGGAGCAGUGCAGGAAUAUUUUUUUCGACAGUUAAUAUUAACAAUCGGAAGUGCAGACAGAACAGAACAGAAUAGAUAGAGCUACUAAUAGAAAAAUGAGAUUUGGUAAAUUCGAUGUUAAAAAAAAUAUUUUAAAAAAUGUGCAAUUGUUAAUUUUUUUUUUUUUAAAUGUUUUUUUUCUAAUUUCAAUUAUCGUGCUGUUCAAAUGAAUAUUUCCUAAAUGCCUUGAGCGAAAAUUACUAUUUUCUUACCGUACACUACAUUGUAUUUAUAAACAUCUCACUUUGAUUAUGUUCUUUAUUUUGCAAACCUUUUGUAUAUUAUUAAAAUGUGCAUGCCCAAAUGUUUUGUUAUAAGAUAUGUUAAAUGAAGAGAAUGUUAAAAAAAAUGUAUAGACCAAGCAAUGGUAUUCAGUUUUGCUAUUAAAAGAAAGAAUUUUUUAAGAACGUUAACCUAAAUUGACAUUGUAGUGUUGGCUAUAUCUCUAUCUUUCUUUUUUGUUCAAAUGUAUGUGUAUUCUGUUUCUUGUAUAAAAGCUGGUGGUCUAAAUACACAUUUAUUAAAUUAACUUUUGAAAUUAGAUAAUCUUUGUAUUUUAUAGUGUUGAAAUAAAUAGAUAAUUUGAAAUUA